UGGCAAGGUGGGAAACCCAGACCCAGCGGGUAAGGGGGUGGGGGCGCCCCACGUGACGUCACGACCGACUGGCUGCGCGCGCAGUGACAACAGAGCGCCGCUGGGAUAGUGGCAGCAGACGUCUCACCAUUCGACGAAGCGGGAGGAGCGCGCGCAGUGGCGCUGACACCACUCGUAAAAAGGAAACGUGUUACGUGUUGAGGAUUCCACCAUGGUCCUUGGGAUUAGCGCUCGGUGGUGAAGGCGACAAGAGAUACUGCCGCAGCUGCUGCACAGCGAGGGCUUGCCGCUCCCUCCCCCUCUCAACCUCAUCGCAGCAUAAUGAACACGACCUCCGCCUGACAACAACGCGACUGGAGAGAAAGCGUUGCUGCAAGACCGCGUCAGCCACGGGCUGCAUGCGUCCGUGCGUGUGUGUGAGUGGGGGUGACGGGGGAAGAGAGAGAGAGGGAAAGGGGAGAGAAGAAAAAGGAAGGAUACCAGUCCACAACAAUGGCCGGCACGAGCAUCGUUGAAGACUGGUUGCGCUCUCUCAAUCUCGUGCAGUACACGCAGGCGUUCAUAGAUAAUGGCUACGACGACCUGGAGGUGUGCAAGCAGAUCGGCGAGGAUGAUCUAGAUGCCAUCGGCGUCCGCAAGGACUCGCACAGAGAGGCCCUGCUGCAAGCGGUGCAGGCUCUGCGAGAGGAAGGGGGCACGGCAGUGUAUUUCACGUUGGAGGAGACGGGGGUCACCCGAGCCGACCCACAUCGUGGCAGCAUCGCAACAUCUCCCAGGACCAGUUUGAAUGGCGGAGGAGGAAGUACCGUUGGAGGAAUGGUUCGCGACGACGCAAAAUCCGUUGUAUUGGGGACGAACGGUGGUGACACGAUGACAACAAAACCUUCCGCCAGCAGCAGCAACAGCAGCAACGGUGGUGGCAGCAGCGGUACCGCAGCUGUGUCUGGCAAUGGAGCGACUGCUUGCAGCAUCGGUGGCAGGAGCGAAGACAGUGCUGAUCCGUUUAAUGUGUCAGAGACCGCGGCGGUUCCCAGAGUCGCAUCCAAGCAACAGCCCCCCGGGGUGGGAGCCACGGCUCCGUCGGCCGAACACCUGCCAGUGACGGGACAUGUCGGAGGCAGUGUUGGUGGUAAUGUUCGCCGUAUGGAUGCGUACGACGUGGGGAAGAAGGCCCUGCUGACUUACCCCAAGGUCCAGCUGAAGGGUAUUCUUGGAGAAAAACUCUAUGAAGAUGAGAUCUACCUGGCCAACCCACCCUACACAACACAGGAGGGCCUGCUGUGCAGAAGCAGCAUCCUGGCGCUGGCUGUGAAGUACGCCGAGGAACUGCAGACGCACCUUGGUCACGUGAUGGAGAGCCUGGAGGAACUCUGGAACUACGCCUUAACGUCCGGAGAAUACUCGCCAAUCCACGGAAGCAUUCCUCUUCACCAGGUGUACGGGCACCCGACUCCACAUUUCGGGUACGGCUUAGGCCAGCGGGGUCUGCCACCACCUUUGCCUACCUGCCCACCCGCUUGUUGGGGUUAUUACCCAUACGCAGUGAUGUUGCCUACCACGAGCCAUAUUGAGCGGUGUUCAGACCUGCAGCAUCACCUGGAGACUGGACACAGACACGAUAUACAUGCUCACCAGAACUAUGUCGCCAUAGACGGAGGUGUUUGUUGUAUUUUUCCUCGAAAAAUUAUUCCAGAUCCCAGCUGUGCUGGAGAAGAGGGAAAAAAGAAGGGUUCUACAUGGGGGCGGUUUCUGCGCAAUCUAGGAAUAAGGAGAUCAGGAAGAAAAAACAGUUACAAACAACAACAAGGUGACCUUAUGGCCUAUGAAAUUACCAUGAGCGAUGAGGACCGCAUGGCGCUGAUGCAGAUGGUGAAGGAGGGAAAGAUAUCAACGGAGACGGCUGUGUCGGUGGUAAAGCAGUUUGAGGAAGAGCAGCGAAGACGAAAUGCCGGACAUGAUGAUGAAGGAAAAGAAAAUAAUGCAGGUGCUGCAGGUGCUGCUGGUUCCAAAAAGGGAUCACUUGGCAAAAGAAGAAAGGCUCAUCAAAGACAAGCAAGUCUCAGACAAAUGUGCACACAGGUUCGGAGGUACCUCGAUGUAACAUCUGCCACACAGUGAUGUCCACUACUGAUUAUGAACAGCCUUUAAAUCAGGUUCCAUGUGACCACCAGAUGGCAUCAGGAUGCUAUCGUCAGCGCCGGGUCCACAGUGUCAG